AAGAACGGUUGGCACGUUUGAGUUCGGAGUGAGAUAGAUAGAUAUAUAUAGAGAGAGAUAGAGAGAGAGAGAGAGAGAGAGAGAGAGAAUGAGUGGUGGAGGUGAAGGAGGAGAAGAAGAAAACACACUUGAGUUCACACCGACGUGGGUAGUUGCCGGUGUAUGCACUGUGAUUGUUGCCAUUUCACUUGCGGUGGAGCGUCUUCUUCACUAUGGUGGAAAGUUCCUUAAAAGUAAAGACCAAAAGUCACUUUACGAAGCUCUUCAGAAGAUCAAAGAAGAGUUGAUGCUUUUGGGUUUCAUUUCUCUUCUUCUUACUGUUUCUCAAAAUCGUCUUACCAAAAUAUGUGUUCCUCCCGGUGUAUUGCGUCACAUGCUUCCAUGUAGUCUUGAGGACAAAAAAGAAUCACAUUCGCAUUCAGCUUUCUCUUUUCCUGGUAGAAUUGCAAGACGUCUUCUCGCAGAUCGCCUCCUUGCAGAAUCGGAAUCAGCAGAAGAACCUCUUAAAACUGGUUUCUGCGGUCGCAAGAACAAGGUUCCUUUAUUAUCUGUCGAAGCUUUGCAUCACCUCCACAUCUUCAUUUUUGUUCUCGCUGUUGUCCACGUCACUUUCUCCGUUCUCACUGUUGUUUUUGGUGGCGCAAGAAUACGUCAGUGGAAGCACUGGGAAGACUCUAUUGCAAAGGAGAAUUAUGAUACUAACAAAGUUCUCAAACCAAAGUUGACUCAUGUUCAACAACAUGAGUUUAUCAAGGGCCGCUUUUCUGGUUUCGGCAAAGACUCUGCUCUCAUUGGUUGGUUGCAAUCCUUUUUCAAGCAAUUUUAUGGCUCUGUGACAAAAUCAGAUUAUGUCACAUUAAGACUUGGUUUCAUUACGACCCACUGCAAGACAAACCCAAAGUUUAAUUUUCACAAGUACAUGAUUCGUGCCCUUGAAGAUGAUUUCAAGCAAGUUGUCGGCAUAAGUUGGUAUCUUUGGCUCUUUGUGGUCAUCUUCUUGUUGUUAAAUAUCAAUGGUUGGCAUACAUAUUUCUGGAUUGCUUUCGUUCCUGUUAUUCUUUUACUUUCCGUGGGAACAAAGCUGGAGCAUGUAAUAACCCAACUAGCUCAUGAAGUAGCUGAAAAGCAUGCAGCCAUAGAAGGUGACUUAGUUGUACAACCAUCAGAUAAUCACUUUUGGUUUCAUCGGCCUCACAUCGUUCUCUUCUUGAUUCACUUUAUCCUCUUCCAAAAUGCUUUUGAGAUAGCAUUUUUUUUCUGGAUAUGGGUUACAUAUGGAUUUGACUCCUGUAUAAUGGGACAAGUUCGUUACAUUGUUCCAAGGCUCGUUAUUGGGGUAUUUAUUCAGGUACUAUGUAGCUACAGCACCCUACCACUCUACGCAGUUGUUACACAGAUGGGAAGUCACUUUAAGAGGGCAAUAUUUAAUGACCAUGUGCAAGUGGGCAUUGUUGGCUGGGCAGAGAAGGUAAAAAAGAAGAAAGCACUAAAAGCUGAUGGCCAGCCUAGCCAAGGAAGUUCUCAUAUUCAUGAGGGUAGUACUGGUAGUAGUACUGGAAUUCAGCUUGGUUCAGUUUUCCAGAAGAGGGCAUCAGCUCCCGAAGACACUACUUCUGUAACUAAACCUGAGGGGUCCAACUGAGUAUGCUUAUCUAGGUUAAGUUAAUGUUAUAAACGCAAUAGGAUGCUUUGUAGGCUUACCUUAUUUUGUAAAGUUGUGUGAGUAUAACAAAUUGUAGUUUUUCUAUAUCUUAUUUUCUUUGCCAGCGUGGUGAAGCAUUGUCUUUGUAGGACAUGCUGGACUUGGUAUAGGUAUGUGGUGAAAGAUGUACAAGCUUGAUGCCAGCAAUGCUGUGUUCAUUUCUAAGAUCCUAAGCUCUGCCACCA